AUGGAACAGAACAACACCACACUGGAGAAGGAAAAGACUGCUCUGGAGCAGAAAAGCACUGCCCUGGGGCAGAACAACACCACACUGGAGAAGGAAAAGACUGCUCUGGAGCAGAAAAGCACCAUCUUGGACCAGAAAAACACUGCCUUGGAGCAGAAAAGAGCCAAAUUGGAGGAGAAAACCUCCAUCUUGGAGCAGGAAAACACUGCCCUGGAGCAGGAAAAAAGUGCCCUGGAGCGAAAAAACACCAACUUGGAGCAGAAAAGCACUGCCCUGGGGCAGAACAACACCACACUGGAGAAGGAAAAGACUGCUCUGGAGCAGAAAAUCAUCACCCUGGAGCAGAAAAGAGCCAUCUUGGAGCAGAUAAACACUGCUCUGGAGCAGAAAAACGCUGGCCUGGAGCAGGAAAACAUCGCCAUGAAGGUAAAAAGCAUCAUUCUGGAACAGAAAAGCACUGCCUUGAAGCAAAUGAACACUUCCUUGGAGCAGGAAAACACCACCCUGGAGCAGAAAGGCACCAUCUUGGUGCAUUUAAACACCGCCCUGGGUCAGAAAAACACCAGCCUGAAGAAGGAAAAAAAUACACUGAAGCAGGAAAACUCUGCCCUGAGGCAGAAAAACACCACCCUGGAGCUUAACAACAACGCCUUAGAGAAGGAAAAGAUCACUCAGGAGCAGAAAAGCACCGUUUUGGAGUAGAUGAACCCUGCCCUGGAGCAGGAAAACACCGCUGUAGAGAAGGAAAAGACCGAUCUGGAGCAGAAAAUCACCAU